CUUAGUUACAAGUAAAUAAUUAUCUAAUUUGUAGCUUCGAACAGUGAAAACAGCAACAUAAUGCCGAUCACUAAACAACCUAAGAAAAAUGAACCGUUGUGGAAGGAAUGGGAUUACAAGGCACAGAAGAAAGGCGUUCAUCAUACAGUGUAUUCCGUGAACGGCGAUCGGUACACUGGUGAUUGGGACAGAAACCAAAAGAAUGGAAAAGGAACUAUGACAUGGAAGAAGUCUGGUGCUAUUUAUGAUGGAGAUUGGAAGGAUGAUCAUCGCUGUGGAUUUGGCACAUACAGUGUUCCUGAGGGAGGAGGAUACAGGAAAGUUUACUCUGGUGGAUGGAAAAAUGAUAAAAGACAUGGUUAUGGAACUAAUUUCUACUCAUAUAAUGAAUACUAUGAGGGGGAAUGGUAUGCAGACAAACGAAGUGGCUGGGGAAGAAUGUAUUUUUCUGAUGGUUCAGUCUAUGAGGGAGAAUGGUACAACAAUAUGAGAACUGGCGAAGGAAUGCUUAGACUUGCAAAUGAAAAUCGAUAUGAAGGUCAAUGGAAAGAUGACAAAAAACAUGGCAAGGGUAAAUUCUUCUAUCUUGAUCGAGGUCAGAUGUACACUGGGGUGUGGUGUGACAACAUUCCAAAAUGUGGCACUAUGGAAGAUUUUGGUCGACAUGAGGCUCCAAACCCAACAACGUACCCAAUACCUGAGUGCAAACUGCAAGAUACAAGAGGAGUAAUCAAAGAUGCAGAAGAUACAUUCCUUGAUGAACAACAAUCCUAGUAGAUUAAUAUAAUUUUAUUGAGUUGUCCCUAUUUUUUUUUUUAUGCAAUGUACAUACGAACAAAAGCCAAAGGCAUAUGGACUUUAUAACAGAUAAAACCUAGUUCUAUGAAAAUGUGUCCUAAAUUGAAGGAAAUCAGUACAGCUAGAUAUCAGUACUGAACAUUUAGCUUAGACUGAAACUAGUCACGAACAUAAACUAAUGCACGAGAGUAACUAGCAUACGAUUGUGUACAAUUUGUUCAAAGAAGCUUGACCAGUAUAUCGAAUGAGAAAUGUACUAUAGAAAUAACCAAUCUUGAUUUGAAGAACCUUUUGCAUUAUUUAUGAAAGACUUUUCUCCUUACUCCAAGAAUUCUAUUGAUCAAUUUUCUCACCAAGUACAACCUCUGCUUUUUGUAGACUACAACAAUGUUUAUAAUUGUUAGCAGUUUGUUUACUCUGGUCUAGAUAAGUUUCUGUAGUGUACAAUGAAUAAGCAUUUUGUAUUUCACUGUAAAGUAUAAUGAGUUAAAAUAUUCUGUACAGCAGCCUUCUUGAUACUCCAGUAAUCAUCAUCAAUUAAAUAAAAUAUUCACACUGUUGA